AGGGGGGGGGGGGUUUGAGCUGAUGGAUGGAGCCCGGUGGGAGAAGCUAAUUCCAAGCGGGAGCUAAAGCUUCUCCUCCGCAGGGACCAGGACUUCUUGCUGGGGGGGCUGGAAGCGGCGGCCGGACCUGCUGAAGGUGGGGAAGGUGGGCGGCGGGGAGGGGGGGGUGGAGGAAAAAAAAAAAAAAACAAAAACAAAACAAAAAAAAAACAACCAAAAAACCCAACAACAACAACGAAAAAAGAAAUUUAAAUUAAACUCGCCCCACCGACCGCAUUUUGGCCGGACCCCCCCCCCCCCCCGCCCCCCAAGGCGAGACCUCUCCGGCCGCCGCUCGCCGCGUCUCCAUCGGGGGAGAAGGGAGUCGGGCUUCGGGGUUUUGUUUUUUUUUGUUUUUUUUGUCACCCCGCUCCCCCGUCGUCGUCGUCGCUCUGGAUUGUGCCCGGGGAGCCGGUCGGGGUUUGGGGGGGCCCGCGGCGAGAUGUACCAGAGUUUAGCCAUGGCGGCGAACCCCGGCCCCCCGGCCUACGAGGGGGCAGGUGGCUUCAUGCACAGCGCGGCCGCAGCGUCCCCCGUCUAUGUGCCCACCACGAGGGUCACCUCCAUGCUCCCCAGCCUGCCGUACCUGCAGAGCGGCGGCUCUUCCCAGCAAGGCAGCCCCGUCUCCAGCCACUCCAUCUGGACUCAACCCGGAGCCGAAAGCGCCGCUUACAACCCCGGAUCGUCCCACCCGCCCGUGUCACCUCGGUUCUCCUUCUCCACCAGCACCCCCAUCCCUGCCACCUCUUCCCGGGAGGCCGCGGCGGCUUACAGCAGCUCCUUGAGCCUUUCUGCUAACGGGAGGGAGCAGUACGGCCGGGGCUUCGGCGGCUCCUACUCCAGCCCGUACCCCGCCUACGUGAGCCCCGAAAUGGCCACCACCUGGACUUCUUCGCCCUUCGACAGCCCCAUGCUCCACAACCUGCAGAGCCGAGGGACGCCCGCGGCCGCCCGGCACGCCAACAUCGCAGAAUUUUUUGAUGACUAUUCCGAGGGGCGAGAGUGUGUCAACUGCGGGGCCAUGUCCACCCCGCUCUGGAGGAGGGACGGCACGGGGCACUACCUCUGCAACGCCUGCGGGCUCUACCACAAGAUGAACGGCAUCAACCGGCCCUUGUUCAAACCCCAGAGGAGGCUGUCGGCCUCCCGCCGCGUCGGCCUCUCCUGUGCCAACUGCCACACGACGACGACCACGCUCUGGCGCAGAAACGCCGAGGGAGAGCCCGUCUGCAACGCCUGCGGGCUCUACAUGAAGCUCCACGGGGUUCCACGGCCUUUAGCGAUGAGAAAAGAGGGCAUUCAAACAAGGAAGCGUAAGCCGAAGAACCUUAACAAAACAAAGACGCCAGCAGGUCCAUCCAGCAGUGAGAGUCUUACCCCGACCACCAGCUCCACCAGUAGCAGCAGCAGUGCCACAACCACCGAGGAAAUGCGCCCCAUAAAAACAGAACCAGGGCUCUCAUCUCACUACGGGCACCCCAGCCCCAUUUCUCAGGCAUUCUCAGUCUCUGCCAUGUCUGGACAUGGAUCUUCAAUUCACCCUGCGAUUUCAGCCCUGAAGCUUUCCCCGCAGGCUUACCAGUCAGCCAUCAGCCAGUCUCCACAAACCAGCUCCAAACAGGACUCCUGGAACAGCCUGGUCUUAGCUGAAAACCAUGGGGACAUCAUAACUGCAUAACCUGGUCUUCCACCCAGAGACUUCAGGCUGACCGGCUUGAGAGACAAAGAAGAUGCCACGUAAUAAUCAAGUCAAUGUCGUUCCCCACCUCCCCUGCUCUCCUGCCUUCUCUCCCCUUUCGAGAUGUUCCAGCAAAGAGGUAAAGAGGACUUAUUUGAGGUGUAGGAGAGCUCUUACAAAAGAGACCAAGACUCAAAUCUCAAAGUAACUGAUGGAUUUGAAGCCUUUCCCCCCUUUUCAACAAGCCUCUCUUUAUUAGAUUGUCACCACCUUCUACGAAAUAGCCAGAAACAGAAAGAUGGACAAAGCUUUGGGGUUUUAUUUAAAAACAUUUGCCAUUUGAGACUUAGACAAUGGUGGCACAGAGACGUUUUUUUCUUCUGUCACCAUCCAUUUGUUUCCCGACCAGAGGAAAUGCCGUCACCUUCUCAUGACUGAAAUUCAGUGAUCUUCCACCAAAUGGAGCCAGAUCCAGAACAGUUUGGUGAACAGACUGCAGGAGACAUGCUGUGGUGUCUUUAGUGGAUUUGAUAUGAUCUAGGGCAGAGGAAAAAGAGGCCCCCCUCCUCAUCCUCAGCUCACGUACCUAGAGCAUUACCUUCAUUCUCCUAGAUGGUCUGGAAACCUGAUGAAUGUCCGUAUUUAAUAGUAACUCCUUUCCUAUUUAUCAUUACAAUAUCAUGUGUUUCCAAAAGGUUGUUGUCAGAGCCUGGAGAAGGUCUGUCUGAAAUCAAAGGGGGAUUUUGGAAGGAGAAACCUUCUGGAAGUGGGUAGGGGAGACCCACAUUGGUCAUCGAAUCCUGGAGGAAAGUGUUGGGCUUUUCCUUACAAAUAGCUACAGGCCAGGCUUAGAGAUUAUUGUAGAGCACAGCAAGUGAAAGUUGCUCUUUAACGCUGCUGUGCUGUCAUUUUUCAGACAGUUAAUUUAAUUAUUUUGCAUACUUCUCUGUUGUUUUUGAUGUCAUUGAUGAAGUCCUAUUGUCAUUUAUCUGUUGUUGUACUGUGAGUGCCCACUUUGCCCCUAGCAGCUGGCUCGUGACCAUUUUCCGUGUCCAACCCUUAAGGAUUUCACCUUUCACAACAAGAAAACCCUUCAGCCUUUAAUGGACGCAGGCAGGAGCCAUCUUCUUUACCAAGCACGUGCAUAGACUUGCUUGCCUGCAAGAGGAGCCUAACUCCAUUCAUACACAAGUGUUAAACUCAUGGUUUUGCUUACCCGUAAGGCUCUCAGCAACCGGGGAAUCAUAGAAAAUGGAGCUGGGAGAGAUGCUGAGAGGUCGCUGACUCAUUCCCUUGUCCCGAAGGGAUCAAUUCUAUGUAACGUAGCCCUGGCUGCUCUUCCUCCAGCAAGUGCUGAACAAAAUCCAGCACUGCACACACCACAGCUCCCCUGUGCCGUCUAAGUGCUUCACCAGAUGCUGGCCAGGAUGUUUUCACUGGCAUUUCCAAGGAGGGAGAGCUCUGCCUGAACAGGCAGAGAAUUUCUGGGAGACCGCAUCCUACGAGAUUCUCCACUCUUGUUUUUGUCCACUCCCAAACUCCGUCACUCUUCUUCUCGCCUUCCAAGCUCUUCUCUUUCCUCCCUGCAUCCUCAACUUGACUAUGGAACGACCAAGUGCUACCCGGAUGAGGGAUCGUGUAUCCUCCCGAAAUGUGCUGAAGGGUGUAAGGUGCCAUCCUCUGGCUUUCACUCUUUACCAUUCCCUCAAGGAGUGUUUCCGACCAAGUACCAAGAUACAGGGCUUGGCAAAGAGGAAAGCCACAUACACGGUUGAAGCAAAAGCAUGACUUGUAUUUGUUUGAACUCUCCAAUUUCCUCCUGAUGGUUGAAAAUCUUCUUUAAGGAGAAGGAUUCAACUGGACUGGUCACGACAGAGACUGGGAAUGGAGUCACAGCAGAGAGCUGGGCCCCUCCACAAUCCCUGUAGUUGCUCAGAUUUGCAGGGGUUUGGAGGGGUGACAGAGCCUUUGCACUCCCUGGAGGAGGACACAGCGAUGCCACAGGGAUGGCUGGAUGCUGUUUGCACCUUGAGGCUCCUCUGUGAGCAUCCCCAUACGAAGUGUGGUCCUCCCGUUGACAAGAAGUGCCCUUCACUAGCUCAUGGGAAUGAAGCCGACAAACUGGGAACUUUUUCCAUCCCCCACAAGAUGCCCCCAGAGUUUGCACUCUGACCCAUGGAGCUAAUGUAGGGUCUAACCUCGUUAGUGUGUUAACUACAGGCAUUCAGUGAAACAUGAAUAAAAUGUUACCCUGAAAAUCUGUGAUUCUGCUGAGGCCAGUAGCCUGCAAAGAGGCCAGAAAUAGCACCUAACAAAUAUGAAUUUGGGGUGAAAACGUUAAGGUCUGUCUCCCCGGGCAUGCAGGUCUUUAGCCAGCCUGCUCCUUGCCCUAUAUUCCUUUGCACCUGGCAGUUGAGGUCCCUUGGGGUCUUGCUGUGAAUUCUUCUCUGUGACACCGAAGCACCCCAGAUGUGCCUCUUGGCAACGCACACACCUGAGAUACCUAAAACCACCCUGCACAGCCCGAGGAGGAGGGAAGCAGGUGGCCUCCUGGAGAGGAUCUAAGGCGCAGACCAAACACACGCAGCGUUUCUCUCCAUGCUGAUGCUCCCGAGGGCUUUGUCUGCUUUGCCCCGUCGCUGUGCUCCUCCUACUGCCCUCAAAGCCAAAUUCCCUGGCUGAAAUUCUCUCCUGCCCUUAAACCACACUCCUAGGUGCCACAGAGGAGUCUGCCUGCAAAGCAAGGUGGAAAAACCCUGCAAGACAUAAGCCUGGUAGUCCUCUGGCUCAUGUCCCUUUAGGUUAUCUAAAUGACCAUGGCACAAUUUGGUUGACUGCCUCUCCGCUUCCCACAAAGCCUUAAAAAAUGGAUGUUGAAACACAGCGAAGAGCAUUUACAUGGACCUAGAUAACAAGAUGUCUGCUUUCAAAAGGUGAGGCUCCUUUACACCACCAGCAGCUGAUGUUUCAGAUGCGCCUGGGAUUGUCACCACAGGACGACAAGCACCAGAGGUGACCUGUGAAGGGAUUCGCACAGGAUGAGGGAAGGAAACCACCAGGAGAUUCAGCUCGUUCUAGUCAGAGGGGCGACUUACAAAUUUCAGGGUUACAUCUGAGCUCUGCUUUCCUUCAAGUGAUGGGGGAGGCAUUCAGAGCCUGCUUUGCUAAUGAAAUUAGAUACAAUUAGCAGAGGCAAUACGACAAGACAAUUAUUGCUGUUAUUUGUUCCAUUGCGGCGUGGCUGGAGGUCCUGCUGAGGACCAUGAGCAGGGGGUUGGACCAGAUGACUUCCAGAGGUCCCUUCCAACCUCAACCCUUCUGUGACACCAGGAUGGGUCCUACACAAACAGAAC